AUGAAUACCCCCGACUUGUCAAAAAAACACCCGAUGUCACAAAUCGCUGGUCGCAAAGAGGCUGGCUGUGAAGACACGAAAAUUGACGUCAAAAGACCCAAGCUCGAAAGGCCUGAUGCAGAGCCCAUGUUCCUGUGCCCUCCGUUUCGUCAAACACCCAGCCCUAUCACAGCUUCCCAGAAUUACAUACAAAACCUAAUUCUGGAGCAUUGGGAGGCAGAAGUGAAGGCCUGCGAGCAAGCAAAAAAACUGCAACUGUUAGAAGUAGCACCAGGCCCAGCUAUUAGUAUCUUAUAA